GUCCAUCAUUUCCUCCAGAAAGAAAACGAGACACUUUUCUUUGCCUCACUCGCCAGACGCCAAGAGAGGGACUCCGUUAUGGCUGCGUGAGGAUUUUCUCAUCUCUUCGCGUCCAACUGAAGACGGCAUGGCCCCGUGAAGCGACUUCUUGCAGCAACACCACUCAGACCGGACACACUGUGGUCGUCAUGGAGGCCGACUUGUCCGAGUUGUCUGCGUCCCUUCGCAAGGAGGACGCCGGUUCCAGCGAGGCGGAGGAUCCAGGUACGACCCAUCAAAGUCUCAAGCCUCAAGAGGAAGCCUCACUGUCUGCUUCGGUCAUGGCAAAGGAGAGCAGCGAGUUCAUCCAGCUCGGCCGCACCGACUCAUCCCUGGCGAAUGACUUCCUCCCCAAGGCUGGCAAGUCGGCGUUGAACCGGCCUGUGGAGAACUCCUCCUCCUCAUCGGUCUCCGCUGGACAACGCAAUAAAACACUGGCCCGUCUGACCUCGCUACCUGGUUUCCUACCCCGACUAGGUGUGCCCAGUAGGAAGUACCUGGCGCUAAUCCUGCAGGACUCUCGGUGCUUCCUGUUCUGCAUGUGCUACUUGACGUUCAUCCAGUCUCUGAUGGUUUCGGGCUACCUGAGCAGCGUGAUCACAACCAUCGAGAAACGUUACAGUCUCCGCAGCUCCGAGUCAGGUCUCCUCGUCAGCUGCUUUGACAUUGGCAGCCUCCUGGUCGUGGUGUUCAUCAGCUACUUUGGGGGCAGGGGGCAGAGGCCUCGCUGGCUGGCAGUGGGCGGCGUCUUUAUCGCACUGGGAGCCGCCCUUUUCUCGCUGCCGCACUUCAUCUCGCCCGCCUACCAGAUCCAAGAGGUCAACUCGUCGUUGGCCAACGAGGGUCUGUGCUUGAGCGUCAACGCCAGCCGCAGAGACCGCGUGGAUAUGGCGUCUUGUCCGCGGGACCAGGAGGGCAACGAGCACAACCUGUACGUGGCACUCUUCAUUAUUGCGCAGAUCCUGGUGGGCAUGGGCUCCACCCCCAUUUAUACGCUGGGGCCGACCUACUUGGAUGACAACGUCAAGAAGGAGAACGCCUCGCUCUACCUAGCCAUCAUGUACGUGAUGGGUGCUUUGGGCCCGGCGGCGGGUUACCUGCUCGGUGGCGUCUUCAUCGGCUUCUAUGUGGAUCCCAAGACAGUGGUUAACAUUGACCAGAGCGAUCCUCGCUUCAUUGGAAACUGGUGGAGUGGCUUCCUGCUGUGCGCGGUGGCCAUGCUGCUGGUCAUCUUCCCCAUGUUUACAUUCCCCAAGAAGCUGCCACCACGACACAAGAAGAAGAAGAGGAGGAAAAAACUGAGCUUGGACGAGAUGUCCAGCGAUGAUGACGUCCUCAAGGAAAAGAGCAACAACAACAACAAAGUAGUCACCUCCUCCAUGGGCUUCGGAAAGGAUAUUAAAGACCUUCCCAAAGCAGUGGUGAGGAUCCUGAGCAAUGUGACCUUUCUAUUCGUCAGUUUGUCCUACACAGCCGAGAGCGCCAUCGUCACCGCCUUCAUCACCUUCAUCCCAAAGUUCAUCGAGUCACAGUUUGGCAUCCCCGCAUCCAGUGCCAGCAUCUAUACAGGCGUGAUCAUCGUGCCGAGCGCAGGCGUGGGCAUCGUGCUGGGCGGCUACAUCAUCAAGAAGCUGAAACUGGGGGCCCGCGAGUCGGCCAAGCUGGCCAUGAUCUGCAGCGGCGUGUCGCUGCUCUGCUUCUCCACGCUCUUCAUCGUGGGCUGCGAGAGCAUCAACUUGGGCGGCAUCAACAUACCCUACACCACCGGGCCAACGCUCACAAUGACGCAGAGAAAUUUGACGGGCAGCUGCAAUGUCAACUGCGGCUGCAGAAUCCACGAGUACGCGCCUGUCUGCGGCUCUGACGGCAUCACCUACUUUAACCCCUGCUUGGCUGGGUGCAGCAGCGUCACCAACGACAGCAGCGGCAUCCGCAACUACUCGGAGUGCGCGUGCGUGCAGAGCCGUCAGGUAAUCACGCCGUCGUCGGGAGGGCAGGGCGGCAACCAGCUGCAGGUGGUCAUCGUCAAGACGUACCUGAAUGAGAAUGGAUACGCCGUGUCGGGGAAGUGUGACCGCACCUGCAGCACGCUCAUCCCCUUCCUCGUCUUCCUCUUCAUUGUCACGCUCAUCACGGCCUGCGCUCAGCCCUCCGCCAUCAUCGUCACACUCAGGUCAGUGGCCGAGCAGGAGCGACCGUUUGCAUUGGGAAUGCAGUUUGUUCUGCUCAGGACACUUGCGUACAUCCCGACACCCAUCUACUUUGGCGCCGUGAUCGACACCACGUGCAUGCUGUGGCAACAGGACUGCGGCGUGCACGGUUCGUGCUGGGAGUACGACGUCACCUCCUUGCGCUUCGUCUACUUCGGCCUGGCCGCCAGCCUCAAGUUCUUGGGCUUCCUGUUCAUCUUCCUCACCUGGUACUCCAUCAAGUAUAAGGAGGAGCGGGUGGAGCGCUGGCUCAAGCGCCACCUGUCACCUGCUGAUACGGUGGGCAGCCUCGUAUGCCACCCCGGAGGCCACAAAGGCCACGCCCGCACCCGCUCCUGCCCUGUCAACAUCCCCCGCAGCGAGCACGCCGCGCUACCCCCCGCUUGCGUGGUGCCCCGCGCCGGCGCCCUCAACCGCGGAGUCAGCACCCAGAGUUGCCCCGGGAACGAGUUUAAAGCAAUAACGCCGCCACCGUCUGCCCCCACCGCACCGGCGCGCUCCCUGGAGCAGGUGACGGUGCGGGUUUGACUGUCGGCCAACCGAACGCGGACUUUAGAAUGACGCCGUGGACACUGAGUUGGCAAUAUGCUGAGCCAACACGAAUAUCGUGGUCAGCUAACAUUUUAUGUUGGCUCAGUGUGGACAGAAAUCACCCACCAAACUGCUCCUACCUGGACUCUGCCCACAGUCACCUUGACGACACAAAUACGCACAUGUGGACAUGUGACAAACCAGGACCUCAAUGGUGUGGUGCUACACAACAGUAUCACAAUUUUAGCAUCCUACUGCUGUGUAAGGGUACCUAAAGGGUGAAGCAGUUUGCUUUAUUUGGUACCAAAGUGACCAGAACACUUUAUGGCACCCACUUUAGUUCAGUGGAUCCACUUUAUUUGAAUUUCCGUGGGCAAAUGUUGCAAGGGGUUCCAAGGGAACCUUUUUGUGCCAUUUCUUUUUUUUUGGGGGGGCAAACUUCUUGCAUUUCACUUAUUCAAAGUACAAAACAAAGGGUAGAAGGAGAGAAGAUGUACCGCAUUUUGGUACCCUGCCUCAUUGGUGUGCUACCUAAAAAUAAAAACCUCCACAGUUUGGUUCACUUUGGUAUCCUUCAAACAUUAAAAAAAAAAGAAAAUGUUAUUCCAAAGUUAUCAUACCACUUUUCAGCACCCCUUUCAAAGCGUCAGCCUACCCUCAGGAUGGAACUAGACACACAGUACUUUGGUUCACUUUGUCAUUUUCAAAAGUCCUGAAGGGUACCAAAGGACCCAGAUCACUUUUUGGCACAAUAGUUCCGUGUUAGGGUAUCCAAACAAUCCCAUUUCCAUGGUCAAAACUUGUGUGGAGUACUAAAGGAGCUGUAUUACUUUUUGGCACUCUCCCUAUGUCUUUGGGUACCCAAAGGAAGGGACUACACACUUUUGGGAUGACAUUUUUUAGGGGGCAUUUUCCUUGUCAGAAGUACAAAUGGAAGGCUACAAGCGUAGCUGUACGUUUUGAGCACAAGUCUUUGGUGUUAUAGCACCUGAAACAAGGAGGUAGAGAGUUUGGUUCACUUUGGUACGCUUCACAACUUUUUCAAUGGAUAUUUGGUAACCACUACACUUUUUGGCACCCUUACGACCAUGCUAGGAUACCUAAAGGAUGGGGGUGGACACAGUUUAGUUCACUUUGGCAUUUCCAAACGCUGUGAAGGGUAUCAAAGUACUCAUAUCUGUUUUUGACACACUAUUGCAGUAUUAUGGUGCCUAAAAGGCAGAACUUGACACUGUUUGGUUCUCUUUGGAAUUUCCUUUUAGGGAAUUUCCUUUGUACUGUACCACAUUAAUCAUUUCACUUUUGGGCCCCCUCUCAGAGUGUUAAGGUACUGAAAAGGGCAAAGCUACUUUGGUACCUUUCACAACUUGUGACAAUGGAAAUAAGGUGACUGUACCACUUUUUUGGCACUACUGUACACCAAAAUGGAAAUGACCUUGAAUUUGAAGAGGGGUGGGGGUGGGGGUGGGGGUGGGGGUUCAUUAGCCAGUCAAUCACAUAGCAGAUGAUAUCAUCAUCAUCAUCAUCUGAUUAGCUUCUCCUGUGAUUGGAUGAAAAGACAUACUCAUCAGGUGUCACCCAGCUAGCACCACAAACGUCAGCAAGACAAACACUUCUGACACUUAAAACACAACGAAACCCACAAAGAUGUGAACUCGUUUUAUUUGAAGUUCGAACAUGCCAGAUGCCAAAUUAGUAUUUCGCUGUCGUAGCUUAUAAAUUGCGCCAAAUAUGCAAAGCAGUGCAAGCUAUGUAAGCAGCAUGUGCGACUCACACUAAAUUACACGCAAGAGAUACACAACAAUUGUGUGUAACUGACUAAUUUGCUUGUUGAGAUGCUUAAGCUGCGGGUGUGUCCUACGUAAGGAACAUCUGCAACUUACGGAAUUUUACACUACAGAUAAUGUGAAAAAUGUUUUGGCUCGCUUCUCAAAUUUUUACGUUUUUUUUGCAUAGUUUCCCCACUUUUAUCUUUAGAAUCAUCAAACUAAUGGGUCAUCUUUCGCUGAUAUUUGAAUGUAAAUGUAAAAUGCAGAUUUUAAAUGAUUUUACCAAAGGUAAAAAUAAUAUUAAAAGCUACUUGGCCCUGGGUGAAAAAGUAUUUUAGGAGGGGCAUUUUAUAUAACUGGCAAGAAGGCUUUCGCAUCUCUCUGGAUGACAUUUUUGAAGGUUACGCAACAGCAUAACCUCAGUCGUCCAGGUCCUGAAUGAGUAAGCAGCCCCAGACAAUCAUAAAUCAUAAGUAAAUAAGUUUUUAAUAAUUUUUCUCAAUACAUAAAAUUACUAUUUAAAAAAAACUGCAUUUCAUGUUUACCUAUUGUACAAUAAUUACAUUAAUUUGACAGUCUUAAACAAAGUGGGGGAAACUAUUCAAAAAUAGAAUUAGAGAAGGAUUCAUUUUUUAAAUUGCAGAACUAGAACUCCUAGAACUUUUUUUUUCUGAGAAACAUUUUCAGCCUAUCAUUCACAUCAAUGUAUUUGAUUGGCGUGUGUAAGCAAUGUUAGCACAUGACCAGCAAACAGGAGAUUGCGGGUGUCACGUGGUCACAUUUUCUCUGCUGAUUGGUUGAGAAGUUUUUAGUGUCACCUGGUGGUGACUUGUGGAACUGCAAGUGACAACCAAAAGGAAUUCCGCCACAAUGAGCCUCCCAUGAAUCAUGAGACUUCAUGUGACAGGGCGGAUUAAAAAAAAGAAAAGAAAAAAAAACAGUAUUUUCGUUUGUUUUCCGAGGUUACCUCACUGGCACACCGCUUUGACGUCUGUCCGUCAAAAAAUGUGAACAAAAGUAAAAAUAAAAACUCCUCUCACGCUUUGGGUCAGUUAAUCGUGUUACCACUGGGUGGCGCCCUGGUGCCAGACAUAACAAGGCCUCAAACGUCACUUAAUCACGUAAAUCCUAUGCGUGCCUACGUGUGCGCGUGCCCACAUUUCUGUGUGCUGUGUUUCUGUUUGGGCAUUUGAACUUUUUUAAAACGUUUUUGUGUGUUUGGUACGGUAUCAAGAAUCAUAUGGGAUAGAAUCCAGUUCACCUGCCACCAUAAAAAGGAUAAGGACAUUCACAGUUGACUCAGGCAGACUUUUAUUUUGAAAGGUGGCACUUUACAUGGACCUUUGCUGCUUCCUGUUUUGUCUUUUGAGACCAGCAACAGUCCAUUCUGCAAGCACAUCUCUCAUCGUCAUAGUGGCAGUGAGAACGUCUUAACGACUCCAUGCGAGCAACAAAGCUCAUCUUCACUUACAAGAAAUGAGCGAUUUUAGUGUGUAUGUGUGUGUGUGUAAGCGUAAGGCAAAGUCUUCCCUUCAAUGCAGGUGCACAUAACAUCCUGUUUGGACAUCCUGACACCAGUAAACAAGCAAAACAAAAAAAAAAA